AUGUCUCUUGCGGCAGAUGCCUUCGUGUCGCAGAUGGCAGCUGCUGAGCCUUGGCCUGAAAGUGCAACCUUGUACCAACCGCUGAAGGAGGAUCAGAUUCUGCUGUCCGACUGCGCCUCAUCUCUUGCUGUCCAGGCCUACCUCAGGAUGUGCAGUUUACCAGUGCAGGUGGUUUGCAAAGCAAAUGCUGAAUACAUGUCACCCUCUGGUAAGAUUCCCUUUAUUCAUGUAGGGAACCAAGUGGUGUCAGAACUUGGGCCAAUAGUGCAAUUCACCAAAGCUAAGGGUCAUUCUCUGAGUGAUGGUUUAGACGACGUUCAAAGAGCUGAAAUGAAAGCAUACAUGGAGCUGGUCAACAACAUGCUGCUUACUGCUGAGCUGUACAUCCAGUGGUGUGAUGAUGCUACAGCUGCCGAGAUUUCUCGCCCCAGGUACAGCAGCCCUUACUCGUGGCCUCUGAGUAACAUCCUCGCCUAUCAGAAGCAGUGGGAGGUACGCAGGAAGAUGAAUGCCAUCGGCUGGGGAGGGAAAACCCUGGAGCAGGUUUAUGAAGAUGUGAGUCAGUGCUGCCAGGCUCUGUCCCAGAGGCUGGGAACACAACCAUACUUCUUUAAUAAACAGCCUACAGAGCUGGACGCGUUGGUGUUUGGUCAUCUUUUCACUAUACUGACAACCAGACUGACCAGCACUGAGCUGGCAGAGAGGAUCAAGAGCUACAGCAACCUGUUGUCGUUCUGCAGACGUAUCGAACAGAACUACUUUGAAGGCAAGAGCUCCUGAAGGACUGAAAAUAACCUCUCUGUCUCUGUAAUAUCUCAUCUUGUACAUUCUCUCUCUUCCUUCUCUCAUUCCCUCUCUGUAGUACAUAAGAGGUAAAAACUGCUUAUAUUCAUUUCCUUGUCCCUCCCAGAUUAUUCCUUAACUCUCUAUUUGCCUCCUACUGGUACAUCAUUGCAUGCUGCUGAUUGGAGUCCAGAGGACCCAGUCUAUUAAAGGAUUAAGAAAUGUCAAUUGCACAAAAAUAAAUAUUCCAGGAAGGGAGCUCUGCAUAUAACACGUCACACCUGCUACUCAGCCUGAUCUGCAUAUCUGUUUCUGCAUUGCAGGAAUGAAUAAAAGUAUUGAUGAUAAUAAUACAACUCUUAAUGAAUUUCCAGAAGAAGAUCAAUGGGCAGGGUUAGAGCUCCCAGAUCUUCCAGGGAUUUAGCACCAGGCUCAGCGACACUUCAGCUGAGUGGAUGCUUCUUGAAACAGAGGCUUAACCUUAUUUAUUUACAUUUUCCAUUUCCAUCUUCCUCACUUUGCUCCGCAAGAACGGUCUACUUGUCCAUGUAUCAUUGUGCAUUUACAAAUACCCACAGACUCAGAGAGGUUGGGUAUGGGUUUUACAGCUGUGUGACUGCCUUCAGAGGGCGGGACUCCACUUGAACUGGGUUCGAGGUCGAACUGCUUGCUGUUUUUUGCUUUUUUUCUUUAGAAGCUUGUGAGAAAUGUGAAACAGUGUUGGCAUACCUUAAAAAUCCAGAUCUUGCUUUUUCUUCUGUACAAAAAACAAAAACACAUGAACAUAAUGAUGAAGAGGAUGUGUUUAUUCCUUAGUUUUUCCACUGUUGUUUUCUUUGUGUGAAUGGAAAGUGCCUACAAAAUAAAAGUCAUUCAACUCAA